GGAGUGCUGGAGGCGUGCUGGAGGCUGAGGUCCGCCGCCGCUGGAGCUGGAGGCUGGGUCCGGCCGGAGCUGGAGCCGGAUGAGUAGUUCCCGGAGCCGACGCAUCACUCCAUCAGCGCCCCUGGCGAUAGGCAGGCAGGCAAGCAGCCAGCUUCACUUCAGUCUCUCAUCAUAACAUGGCGGUGAUGAAGUCCAACAACACCAGCUCCGUGUACUUCACGGGCAACACAAAUUCCAAAAAUGGGAUGAAACGAGAGAGACUCUCCUUCACUAAUUUGGACGCCGGGCUGAUAAUCUUUUCCAUGGUCACCAUCAUAGCACAUCUUGUAACAGACACUACUCUAAUUCUCAGCUAUUACCUUGCUGGCCAUAAAUUUUGGGCUUUUAGUACUGUAGCAUUAGCACUCAUUCCAGCGGUAACUAUUCAAGCAUUUAGUUUACGAUGGCAUGUGCUGGAUGAUGCUGCAUCACUGACAAAAUGGUUAAAUCAUUGCUGUCUCUUAGGAGUUUUUUUCAGGCAUGUAGAUGCCUUACAAACAGGGCUGGAAGCAAGAAGAAGUGGAGAUGUUGCGGAUUUUCAAUCUUUGUUUCAUCAACAAAGUGAUAUUAGUAUGUUGCAAUUGUUUGAGUCUUUCAUGAAAUCCGCACCACAGUUGGUUUUACAAUUGUAUAUUAUGAUUCAAGUGCAAGAUUGGGGACCUUGGACAGGCAUGUCUGCUGGUGCAUCUUUAAUUUCAUUAGCUUGGGCUAUGGCAGUUUAUACCCAUGCAAUGCGUCAGGCUCGACCUGAUAAACAAAAGGCAUCAUUGGCCGGACUUGCACUACAGGCUGUUUGGAGAACAGGACUUUUAGUUGCGAGAAUAGCAGCUUUGGUUCUGUUUGCAAUUUGUUGCCAAGCUUGGCUGUUUUUAUUGUUAGGUUUGCACUGGCUUGGAAUGACAGUAUGGGUGGUUCUCCAAAAAACAGACUUGUGUUCUACACCAUGGGAAGAGUGUGCAUAUAAUUGUGUUGUUGGUGUGGUCUACUGCUUCUGCUUUUUCAAUCUUCGAGAAGGUCGAGCUCGUGGCAGGAUGCUUGCAUUCUACAUUGUGACCGUCACCCAAAACCUAGCAUGUCUCUACCUGUUUUUAGCCCUAGCCCAGCAUACUCACCCUCUUCUGGCAACUGUUGCUGCUGCUGCAAUUGUUGGAGGAACUAUUACUGGAUUAUGUGCUAUGCUCACAUACUAUCGAUUUUUCCAUCCUUCCGGACCAAUUACUUUGUUUGGUCCUCCUACUGCACUUACUAACUCACUCACCCAGUCAUCAAAUUGCAAUGGAAGAGAAAGUGUACAAUCUGCACCCGUGGGUGAAACACACAUAUCUGUUGAUGGAUCAACUAAUUCUCAAGUACAGCUGGGUUAUUCUCAGUCAUCUCAGAUGCCUUCUGAUGUUGAAAAGUCCAACUCACUCCGCUCUCUAAAACACCUGUGGAGUGUUGAUCGUGAUGGGUCUCUUUCCAGCCGCUCAGAUGAUGCUCCUGCCGCUGGUGGAUCACCCCAGCCAGAUGAUGGUUGUACUGACAGGCGCCUUCUUCUCUCAUGUAGUGGAUCAAUGCGUCGACUACCAUCUACUGAUGGCACUCAAAUUUCAUCUGUAGUAGAUCAGUCCAAGCAGUCAAGUUUGACUGGCUUAACAGUGCUCAACCCUGGAACACUGCAAACAAGCUGUGCUACCUCUCAAACAAGCUGUGGCACAUCACAAACAAGUUGUGGGACCUCACACACAAGUUGUGGAAAUCAUUCCAGUAUGUCAAAUUUGACAUCACGCUCAACACUAAAUUCUCAAUCGCACCAGUCGCCUCCCACUACACAUCAAGGAUGGACAUCUCACCCUUUAAAUGUGGCCCUGUCAACCCAGUCUGUACAUUCAACCAACACAACUCUUUCAUCAACUUCAGGUAACUCAAAUCCGAUUAAUAAUUCAUCUGUAAAUACAAGACCCAUUCAACUGGCUAAACCAUUGGGGGUUGAAGAACCAAGUACUCCAGGUGGUAGUAUUGAUAUUGAUGAUUCAAAGUUGUCUUGGAAUUGCACUAGCAUGAUGGAAGAUACUCAGCAAAGUGAAAUAAUUGAAAAUAUUUCUGCUGAAGCUGAAAUCAAUGGUGCUUGUGGGAUCAACAAAAGACGUGGAAUUUGUUCCUCAGUAGAAUUGGAUCUCGAUAAGCUGGAAGAUUCUGAUAAACAACCAAUACCGCAACUUGCAGAAGUCACUUCAAAACUCAAUAUAGUGGAUGAAAGUUUUGCCUUGUUAUGUCAGAAAUUAGUGGCAAAUGCUGAAGUCAAACGGCUGGGUAGUAUUGAAUCAAUAAGUAAAAACUUGGAAAAAAGUGCAAAAGGCAUCACAAGAAAAGAAGAGAAAGAAGAGAAGCGUGAAUCAGACUACAUAGAUUCCAAACAAUCAGCCAUUUCAAGUGAUGGAACUUCGAGUGAGGUGCUGUCAGCUCAUGACUAUGAAAAUAUUUGUGCUGUCAAUAUAGCAAGAGAAGCGUGGGGGUUGCGAUCAUGGCGUGGUUAUUCUGACAUAGAAACCUGGUUGCAUGAUGAUAGUGUUGUCAGAGACCGCCGAAGAGAUACUCUAGCAAGCAUAGGCACCACAACUACAUUGACCUCUGCAUCCUCGGAGAGGUCGACAGCAAGUGAAUCACCUCCUCCAGCACGCCAGUGGGAAAACUGUGAUACCAGUGCUCCCCCUCUGCCAUGUCGUAGGCCAAGACCAUCUUAUAAUAGAAUGGAUGAUUAUUUGGAUACCUUAGCUUAUGACCUAGCUGAGAUUGAACAAAGAGAGAGAGUCUCUAAUGGUCAUCAGAACUCCCAAGAUAAUGUGUUUAUGGCUCAACCAUAUGUUGUUGAUCAAAAUGGUAUGCUGCAUCCUCUUCCUGCGUCUUUGGAUACCAUUUUGGAGGAGCUUGAAGAAUCAAGUUUGAGUGCAAGUACUGUUACUGCAACUGAAAGUGGCUCUAUGGCUCUUGGGUGGGCUAGCUCUCUCGUUGCCACAAUUGAUGAGAUAAGAAUGGGCACAAGCAACACUUUAGAGGACUCUGGAACUGUCUCAGAAUCAGACUUUGAUGUAGGAAGUUACAGAUCAUUGCAACUUGACACAUCUGCCAUGACAAAUGUGGCAUGUCAAGGAAGCCCAGAUGGAACUUCCAAAGGUCAGCAGCGUUUUUCUAGCAGUUUACCAUCACUUCUUCAGGUUCCAAGGUCAUGGUCUCAUCUGACUCCUGAAGAAGUUCUUUUCCUCUCUGAGCUCAAGCCACAACCAGAUUGUGAAGUACCUAAAGAGUUCAAAUAUUCUUCAUUAAAUCCUAUUGAUCAGGGCAUUCGAAAGAAAAAUGGAAGAAGACCUCGUAGAAAGUUCUCAUUAUUAAGAGAAAAAUUUGAAAUUAAAUCUGACGCUGUUGAUGACAAAAAUUAUUGUAAUGUGGAAGACCUUCGACAAGACAUGAGAGAUUUUAAUGAGGGUGGAGGUGAGGGUUUUGCUGAAAAAAUACCUGUUUCUACGGUAGCAAAUAUUUCUCAAGAAGGAGAAGGAAUAGUAAAUAAUCUAGUGCAUUUCAGGAGUGAAUGCUCUCCUCCUGUGAUUCCUCUGAAGGAAGCAGAUCUCAAAAGCCCAGGAUGGUCAACUUCAGAAAAGGUAUUGUCUUUUAGAGGCCAAACUUUGCUGCAACAAGUAAUAGGCCAACCAAAACUUGUGCCUCACAAUAAAAAACUUGUUUUAGAUAGUAAUGCUUCAGCAUGACUAGUGUAGCAAUUCAUAUGACAGUCAUAUGAAUUGCAUGUUUAUCCCAGACCAAAUUGCUCAUGAACUGUGUCAUAACUGUUGUCCUAAAUUAUGUACUGUUUUUUUACCCUUAUACAAAAGCAAAGUGAGUACACAAUCUGUUUGUGGUUUUACCUUUGAAUAAUAGGUUACCAAUUUACUAGUUUCUGAACAAAACAGAAAUUGUAAAGACUUUGUAAACUUUUGAUAUUUGAAAGCUUCCCCAUCAAAAUGUACUUGGUGAAAAGAACUAUGGUACAUCUAAGACUUUUGUUCUGGUUCCAAAACUUGGCAUAUCUAGAUUGUGCCAUUUCGGUCAGGUUUUGCUGAUGUGCCAUUUGUGUCCUAACUGUUCUGGUUAGCAGGUUUUAAUUUUUUGUCAAAUGUUUGCUUUGUCUUCUUUAUUGUGGAGAUAACUUGAAGAUCUCCAAAUUGCUCAUAUUAAUGAUAAAGGUAUUUCAAAACUGUUCAAAACCCAGUUAAGAAAUUGAAAGGUGACGUGAUAUCUUAGAA